CCCCAAAUACGUUAAACUUGGAUUUAAGUCAAACGGUAUGGAAACCACCUACAGACUCAAAAGAAUUACAUUUCAUUCAAUUAGUUUCAAAAAGGUUAUCAACUUUACAAUUUAAAACUACGGAAUUCUUGGAAAAAUUAGAUAAUGAAAUACAAAAGGUGUCUGAUUUUUUUGUUAAAGAAUCGAAUUCACUUGUAAAGAAAGGUGAACAACAUGUAAUAGAUUCGGAGAGUAAAAUGUUGGAAUCUAUUAUUAAAUUAGAAAAAUUUGUUUUAUUGAGUUAUACAGGUUUAGUUAAAAUAUUAAAAAAACAUGAUAAACAUUCUGGAUUAAAUAUUGGAGAAGCUUAUCUUUAUAGAAUUGUCUCACUCCCUCUAACAAAAUCUGAAUCACUUUUGACUUUAAAAAAAUAUUUAAUGGAAAAAAUUGUGCAAGGCAUUUCUCCUAACGCAAUAACAACAACUAAUAUUAAUAAUGGAAUUAUGACGGAAAGUAACAAUUAUGAAACUUUCGAUGCAACUACUGCAGCAAAAACCUCAUUGUCUCCCUCGUUAGGUACGACACUUUUACCAAAUCUUUUAAUAUCAAAAGCUUCCCAACACUCAUCAGCUGCAGAAGGAAAUUGGUUUCCGCCAUCGGAUUUAUUACCUCACCAAAAAGUUAUUGCUUCGCUUACUGGACCUCAUGGAACUGAUAUUAUAGGAUCCAUAUUUGAAUGCAUGGCAAAACAUGAUUGCGAAGUUGAGGAUUUUAUGUUAUCUAGAUUAUAUCACAAUGUUACUUUUGGUGUAUUAAUUACGUUAAACUCUGAUAAUAUAGAUUUAUUCAGAGAUUUAGCUGAAGCAUCAAGAAAAUGGGAUGGUACUUUAUCUUUUGAUAUUCACGAUAGUAAUCAAAGCUACUUUGUAUCGUCUAUUGAAGAUGCUCCAUAUGAAAAUCGUAUUAAAUAUACUGCCACUGUAUUAAAUCAAAAGGGUUUAACCCCUCAAUUUUUAAAUGAUUGGACGAAAUUUUUGUUAAAAGAAAAAAUUUCUGUAGAAAAAAUGCAAAGAUUAAAUGAAGGAAAGUUAUCUUGUGCCGAUUAUAAAUUAUCUGUACCAGUCACAACAAAUUUUGAAAGAUUAAGACAAGAAUUAUUCAUUCUAAGUACUUCUCAUGGUACGGAUGUUGCUAUACAACCUUAUGAUGUUUUUAGAAGACAUAAGAGACUAGUCGUGUUUGAUAUGGAUUCUACUCUUAUUCAACAAGAGGUUAUUGAUGAAAUUGCUAGACAUGCCGGUGUUGUUAAUGAAGUUGCCUCUAUUACUGAAUUAGCCAUGAACGGUGAAAUUGAUUUUAAAGAAUCUCUUAAACGUCGAGUUUCUCUUCUUAAAGGAACACCUGUGAAAGUUUUAAAUACUGUUCAAGAGAGUUUAACUUUUACUGAAGGUGCUCGUUUUCUUUGUAAAGCAUUAAAGAAAAUUGGUUUCAAAUUGGCAGUUAUCUCCGGUGGAUUUAUUCCUUUAGCAAAAUAUGUUAAAAAUGAACUCGGAUUAGAUUAUGCUUUUGCAAAUCAACUUAAAGUUUCGUCAGAUGGACUAACACUUACGGGUGAAACGGUUGGUCCUAUAGUUGAUGCUGAACGUAAAGCUGAAUUGCUUGAAGUUAUUGCUCAGGCUGAAAAUGUUACUUUAGAACAAGUAAUCGCUGUUGGUGAUGGUGCAAACGAUUUACUAAUGUUGGCGAAAUCUGGUUUAGGUAUCGCUUUUAAUGCUAAACCAAGGGUACAAGAAAAGGCACGAGCUAGGAUUAACCAAAAAAGUUUAAAAUAUGUUUUAUAUUUAUUAGGAUAUACUGAUGAAGACGCUAAACAAUUAUAUUCUGAUUAUUGA